UUUUUUUUUUUUGUAAUUUUGAUAAGCUCAUGAGUAUUGCAUCAGCCUCUUAACUUUGUAAGAAUUUAACGUACAUAUGUAAAUACAGUUUCCGUCAACGUGUGAAUAAUUAAUUUUCGAUACAUAGAGUAUGUAAUUUCAUGAAUGAGAUUAAGUUAUAAAUGAAAUACUUCUCAUAACAAUAAAAUAAAAAGAAAAGGUAUUAUAGUCCCGUAAGGUUAGUGAAUUUAGGCCAUUCAGAGUAAGAGAAGUCUAGCAAACAGCGAAGUCAAAAAACCUUCCACAGUGCGCAAUAAUUUUAUUUAUCAAUAACAACAAGAAUUUUUAUACCUGUAUGUAUGUAUGUACAUAAGUAGAUAUACGAAUCACGCUAGAAUGCUUCAGUACAGGCUAGAACAAACAAAAACAACCGCGACGCCGACUUCAGCUUUAUGACGCUCGCGUAAAAUUGACAAACAUAUUAUCGAGCGUGUGCUCACUCACCACCACGACGUUGCGCUACGCCAAUGUUUUCGUAUAAAUAUAAACGCUCCCCACCCAAACACAACAGUCAAGUUCAAACUUUCGUUGGACUCGCGACGUAAUUUUGUCGGAAAAUAAAUCAGUUAAACAUCAGUAUACGAAUACAAGUAUAAGUACAUAAAUUCUGUUUCAAGUGCAAAUUUGAAGUUUAAAUAAUUCUCAACACAUUUUUGUUUUCGAAAACUUUAUAAAUUGAACGAUCACUAUUGAUUUUGCGAUUCUUGCGAAAAAAUUUACAAAUAAAGAAAUUAUUUUAUUUUUAAAUAAGUGAAAUUUUUGAUAGCAGCAAUUAAGUGAAAAAAACUAAAGAUAACUCAAAAUGUCUGCAUCGCCAACUGCUCGUCAAGCAUUCACGCAUGCCCUCCCGAAAACUAAAAAAAUUUUUAUCUCGGACCCCAUUCAGAUGCCGGAAGUUUAUUCAUCCACUCCCGGCGGCACACUGUAUUCGACCACACCUGGAGGCACAAAGCUUAUCUACGAACGCGCAUUUCUUAAAGAUUUGAGAGGGUCGCCACUAAGUCAAACACCACCAUCCGAUUUGCCUACAUGUCUUCUUCGCGGAACCCCACGCACACCAUUCCGGAAAUGCGUCCCGGCCCCAGUCGAUUUAGUAAAGAAGACACGGUCAAUGAAAAUAGAAGACCAUGAACAGUUCCAGUUGGAAUUGUAAUAUUUCAAGGCAGCAUUAGCAAAGGUGCAGGCAAUUCCAAAAUACUGCCGUGAACUCGGAAAUUCAUUGAAUAAUGCUCUUGCUGAGUUGAAGCUUAAAAAAUAUGCAUACAUACAAUAUGUAUUCUAUAUAUUCACAUACUCAUAAGCUGAACUGUUCCAAAUCAUCCACAUCCGCAUUUUUUAUUUAUAAAUAGUUAUGUGAUUUAUUACCAUUUUAGUUUUUAUUUAAUAUAAAUUUUAUAAAACUUAAAAAUUGUAUGCUUUAGUUUAAAUGCCUGAUAAGAAAUGAAAAACAUUAAAUACUAUCAACUUUCGGUCAUAUUGACCUCUAUAAAAUGUUAAAGAUUUUAUUGGUUAUCCAACAUUUAUGUGAUUUUAUUUGGAUCAUUAAAUUAAAUUAAUUAUAACUAUUUAGCUGAUUGUACUAUGUACAUUAGAUAUAAGCAAAUGUAUACAUAUGUACACUUGGAUAUAAACUUUUGGUUACUAACCAAAGCGAAAAUAAAAGCCAAAACUUAUUAUUUAUAUCA